AUGGAAGUCGACUUUGUGAGCGCGCAGGGUCGGGACGCGCGGGGUCUUUUGUUCGAAAGGGGUGAAGAGGUGGGUGAACAUGCAGGAGAAGAAACGGGUGCGGCGGCGGAAACGGCAGGUGAAGCGGCGGGUGAACAUGCGGGAGAAGAAGCGGGUGCGGCGGAAAAACCGCUACCCCAAUCGAUCAUACUGGAAGGGGUAGAAGACUGCGCGGAGAGGAAGCCCCCCAGCGAAGCGGACUCCCCCCCAAGGAAGGUGCCAAUUUGCGAGAAACAACAACUGGGGGGAGGCCCAAACGGUGCUGACAUGAGGGUAGUAAAAAUAAAAGUUGGAGAGAGCGAAAAGACAGAGGAGGGAGCAACGUGCAGGGAGGAGAGUCUACACAGAGGAAAGAACGAAUUGCCACAAUUGGAUGAGCCUCACGUGGAGAGGGGAAACACCCUUGCGGGAAGGCACACGAAUCGGAGCAGACACGUAACUCCAAACAGACACGUAACCCCAAGCAGACAAGGCGAAAGAGAAAGAAUCAACCAGCUGUAUAGGAACUCCAAAAGCACAAACAUAAAAUUAUAUAAGCGUAUGUACCAGUCAUAUCUCCUCCUGCGGAAGGAACAGAACGAGCUGCUGGCUCAAAACAGGAGAAAAGAGGAAAGAAAUAAAAAAUUGAAAUAUGAAAUGAAUAGCCUAAGGGGCGGUAGCUAUUAUACAAAUUUUUUUUUUAAAAAUGACGCAGACAAUCUGUUGGAGGACCUCGCCUCAGGCAUAAGCAACAUUUGGAAGUGGAUGGACAUGGAGGGUAGGCGCCCCCCGGGGAAAAACGCGCCGGGAGGGGAACCUCAUGGGGGGGAUGCGUGCAAAAGGGAUGGGGAGGCCGCUUGCGAAAGGGAUGGUGAACCCGCUCGCGAAAGGGACGGAGAGGCCGCGUGCCAAAGGGAUGACGAGGCCGCUUUCCAAUGUGAUGGAGAACCCCUGGGCGAAUACGCCCGUGCUCAAAAUGAAGUGCCAACGGGGGGCAGUGCGGCAGGUGGGCCUUCUUGUGGGAGGGGCGCUGCCCCGAGUGAGGACCGCCCGGAUGACCACCCAGGAGGAUGUGAACCGAAGAGUGAUUCCCCCCCAGGUGGAGCGCAGCCAAGUGGAGCGCAGCCAAGUGGAGAGCAGCCAGAUGGAGAGCAGCCAGAUGGAGAGCAGCCCAGUGGGGAAGACUCCAGUGGAGUACUACCCAAUGGAGGGAGAUGCCCCAUUGCCAAUGAACACAGGACCUACACAACCAGUGACGUUCCAAUGGAAAGCUCACCUCACAUUAAUGAGAAGGAGACGACCCCAACGAUGGAGGGAAUCCCCCCUCUUGGGAGGAUCACCCAACAAGCAACCACGCACAGUGGUGGCCCCCCCAAAAAGGUCUAUUUCGUAAAAGGGGGUUAUAAACAUCCCCAUAGGGAUGACAGAAACGGGGUUAACCUCCCCCCAUCUUACAAGUCCUCUUCGCAAGACGAAAAAAUAGAGAAAAAAAAUUCGUUCCUUUGGGAGAAGGAGAGUCGGCCAGUGAAACGAGGGGGGGUGAAGUAUGGCCAGCUGCACAACCGGUUUGCAGCACAGGAGAGGAGUUCCACACGAGUGGAGAAAGAACCAAGCUCAUUAGCGUCUGUAGAAUGCCCCAAGGAUAAUAUAAUUGAUUACAUUAAAGGGAGACUCUCCAGUGGGGGGAGGAUUCCCGGGAAGGCGGUGCUACCAAGUGACCAAAGCCCACCGAUGGGGGCCCACCCCAGUAGGAUAAGACCCAACGAUGAUCCGAACAAGACGGCCAUUAAGGAAGGGGAGAAUCUUCUCUUUCACAUUUGCCACUGUAGGGAAAAUAAAUACGUGCCCCUGAACGUCGGUUCCUUUUUUGUGGCCCCUCCGAAGAGGACUCGCCCAGAUGAGGACUUCAGCUUGGGGCCCCUGCGAAAGUGCAUGGGCUUUAUCUUCCGAAGUGAGAUGCACAGCAGCCAAGGAGAGAUGCACAUCAUCCAAAGUGAGAUGCACAACGGAUGUAGUAAUGCCCCCCCUGGGGGUGUCCCGCUCGCAAAUGUAACACCAAACAAGUGUGCGCCGAAUGAGCAGAAGGGGGCACCCCCCAUUGGACCGAGUAAGGGUGAGGAGACCAAAAAGACACGACUCGUCGCCAAGGAGGUGGAAUUAAAAAAAGGAAAUAAAACAGAACGUUUGGAGGAAGGGGGAGAAAGGCAAAGUUUGAAAAGGGGGCGAAGUGGAAGGAAGCGCCUCCUAAGGGUAGACAGAAGUGGAAGGCCUACCGGAGGGGGGUCAUCCCAAAACUGCCACUUGAAGGGGGGGAAAUACGAUGCACAGGAAAUGGACGUGGGUUUGGGCAGCAAGUUUGGCCUUGUAAUGAGAAGAAAGGGAUCGCGGCGGAGAGGGGACUCCUGUGGGAGAAGAGACCCCUGGGGGAGACUCAGUUUCAAAGUAGUUCCUAAGAAGGAAGAAGGAGAAGGGGAGGAGAUUUCCCCCCCCGUGGUGAAGGUAAAGACAGCCAGGUUGGCUCCCCAUGCGAAGGGUCUUCCACACCAUGUGCGUUUUGUGCGAAUCGGUCGAGGGUGCUACCAUCCAAGGAGGAGCCAACAUGCACGCAGAUGUUUGGCGGAGGACCCAAAGGGGGAGAAAACCCAAAAUGGUGAAAAGGGCCAGCCCAUCGAGUUACCUCCAAACGUAUGCGGUAACUCUGGUGCAGAUGAAAAGGCUGACGAAGGAGCUGACGCAGUGACCAUCGGGAAGGGGGACAACGUGGUGGGAGGGGACACCCCGGAGGGGAAUGCAGCUACCCCCUUAUGCAGUGCGAUCACCCCAGAGCAGCAGAAUACCCCCUUAAUACACCCCAAUGAUGGAGCACCACAUGGGUGCCCCCAACGUGAAAACGGCUCAUCGGCAAAUCUCAGCUCUCUUAAGGAGGCACUGGCGAAGCAUGUGCAGUCCCUCGACCUUCCCUCCAGACGGAUUGACUCCUUUGAGGCAGAAAGCCAAGACGCAGUGACCAUCAUAGGCAUACAAAUCAAAUUGAGAGAGGGACACAUCUGCUUUCACCUGGACGGGCUAAGCAGCAUCGAAGAGAGCGUUCGUGUGUGGGUAAAAAAGAACGAGCAGGUCCUGAGCAGUUACGUGGGGGGAAGCGAGUCGACUGCUCCGACUGGGUCAACUGCAUCCAUUGCGCCCAUUGCUUCCACUUUGAAACACUACCGCGUCGAUGUGCUCACCUUCAUGUGCGUCUUCCUGGACGCCCUGGAAAACUGCGUGGAGGAGUUCCCCUUCUACCUGUCCCUUUCGCUGGAGGAGAUCUUCUGCGUGCGCGGGUGUGCAGCAAGGGGGCCAGGGGGAGAAGCUCCACAGAAGGAGUUACACCAGAGGGAGUUCCACCGAAAGGCGUCUGCAAAAGGUAGAGGCACCAAGGUAACCACACGAAGGGAGGACGCAAAGGUCGUAUAA